CUCUCAAUCUGCUCGCCCUGCAUUGAGUCAAAAGUCGGUGAAGGGCAAUGUCCUCAUCCCAGCUUUGCCACGUCUGAUAUUUCGCAAGUUGUUUGUGCAAUCUACGCCACAGUGGUGUAGAUAUUUGGUUUGAGUCGCUGUGCUGUUGUCUCAAGAAAUGCCACAGUUUUGACAACAAGUUGACUUAGCAUCUGAAGACGAUAGCGAACCGCGACAUACUACGACUCCAACUGCUGUAUUCGGAGCCGGCAGAAGAGACGCUUAUCAGGAUUCCGAACAGUCGUAGUUCGUCACCCCGAAGCAAAGAUAAAGUGUCACCUCCAACUCUGCCAAGAGCACCUUCAAUAACGCGGUGGCUCUUUGGACUCAGUCAUCUAGAUGGUAUUGAUCAUAAACCUCCAGGAAUCAAAGGCACGGGUACCCGAGGUCCAUACGAUAUUCUCUGAUCAGCAUUUGCAACUGCAAGUCGACUUGAUGAUGACGAUGAUCAGACGCUUUGCGAACAGGACCCGAAGAACGAUCAACAACAUAUUGUGGUCGACUACAAUUACUUUUGCGUGGAUGGCACUGAUACCUUCCGUGGCUGCAAUUACGCCAAGUUCCAGCGACGUUACAGUCACGACACUGAAGUCCGGACAAUCGACGCCUGCAUCCGACGCUAUGCGGUCAGGCCUUAACGAUGGAAUUGUUGGCCCCAUCAUAUGUGCUGCCACUUCUUUCGUAUUCGUCGCAGUAGCUGUAACUGCGAUAGUCUUGCGAUGGAACUGGAACCAUAUAGAAUGGGCUCUUAUGAGUGUCUCGGGAAGUGUGUUCUUCCUGUGGUCCCGAGAGAGCAGCGUUCAUGCCGCCUCGAAGUGGAUACCUCUGAUGAUGUGGGUUAUGUCGUCUCUCGUGCAUAUCUGGACGAGGAAGAGAACACUUCCGGCUAAACGUUUCGAAUUAUACAUCCUGCUGGUUGCGCUCUUCACGUGUGGCAUGGUUUUCCUACAUGACACUGUCUCGCAGGACGGACCGACUAGAGCUUUCCCGCUCUUCGCUUUGCUCUCCAUGUUCUUCAGUGAAUUGUUGUUGCGUCUGCUUAUUCGCAGUGUAAGUGUGGAAUUUGUGACUGGCGAUGGAAAUGGAGCAGUUUGACGGCCUGCGCAGCCGAGAUUAUGAAACAUGCCAGUGAGAGCCCUAUGCUGGGUAUGUGUUAUAUGUCGGCCGGACACAAUUUCGGGUACCAAUUUGAGCGGGAGCUGCCACUACCUUGUCUGUUGAAUGUUAAACCAGUGAGACAUAUUCGUGGAAGUUGUAUGAGAAGGAAAUU